CCUCCCAGCCCUUGGCAAUCUGACUAAUAACAAACUGAGCUAACAAGAAAGACUAGAAAGGGAGGAAAGAGAACAUUGCUGCAGCUAGAUCUCCAAUCUAAGAAAGCAAAAGUGAUCAGUCCCAGCUCUGUUCAACAUCUUGUUUAUUUUCUGCACUCAGCAGCUUGCAAAUGGUUAACUAUAUGCAAAAAGAGUCGGCAUAGCUGAGAAGUAUGCCGUGAAUUCUAAUUGGGAGAAAACAGGACAACUGCUUCAGGAUGAUCUAGUGUGCGUUUGACUUGAAAUAUUCUCAAUGAAAUCCUCAGCAUUUUCUCUUUCACCAGAGGUUCCAACUUUAUGAAGCAGUGGGACUUGCCAAAAAGUGAUAUUUGAGAAGAAACUGUGAGUGGUUAUUUUCUUUCCUGAACUGAAUUUACUUUGAACAUCUCUUCCAGCUGUGCAUUACAGAUAUCGUCAGGAAGACUUCUUUACAGUAUCAGCAUCUGUCACAUGACAACAUGAAGCUGUGGAUCCAAAUGUUCUAUUCAUCUCUCCUCACUUAUGUAUCUUCACAAUCUGAAUCUCCAGUGUUCUCAGCCAGAGGAUCUUGUGAUUCUCUUUGCAACUGUGAGGAGAAAGAUGGCACAAUGCUGAUAAAUUGUGAAGAUAAAGGCAUCACGGAGUUACCUCAAAUAAGUGUGCCACCAUCACGACCUUUUCACCUAAGUUUACUAAAUAAUGGCUUGACAAUGCUUCAUGCGAAUGACUUUUCUGGGCUGACCAAUGCUCUCUCAAUACACCUUGGAUUUAACAAUAUUGCAGACAUUGAGACUGGUGCAUUUAAUGGCCUUGGCCUUCUUAAGCAACUGCACAUCAAUCACAAUUCUUUAGAAAUUCUCAAAGAGGAUACAUUUCAUGGACUGGAAAACCUGGAAUUCCUACAGGCAGAUAAUAAUUUUAUUACUGUGAUUGAACCAAGUGCCUUCAGCAAGCUCAAUAGACUGAAAGUGUUAAUUUUAAAUGACAAUGCUAUUGAGAGCCUCCCUCAAAACAUAUUUAGGUUUGUUCCUUUAACACAUCUAGAUCUUCGUGGAAAUCAGUUGCAAACAUUGCCUUAUGUUGGUUUUUUAGAACACAUUGGUCGAAUACUGGAUCUCCAGUUAGAAGACAAUAAGUGGGCCUGCAACUGUGACUUAGUAGAGCUGAAAACGUGGUUGGAGAACAUGCCUCCACAAUCUGUGAUUGGUGAUGUUGUAUGCAACAGUCCUCCAUCUUUCAAAGGAAGCAUUCUAAGUCGACUAAAACAGGAAUCCAUUUGUCCCACUCCACCAGUGUAUGAAGACCAUGAGGAUCCUUCAGGAUCACUGCACCUGGUGGCUACAUCUUCCACAAAUGAUAGUCGCAUGUCAACCAAGACCACAUCUCUUUUGAAACUACCCACUAAAGCACCAGGUUUGAUUCCAUAUAUUACCAAGGCGUCCACUCAUCUCCCAGCACCGUAUUGUCCUGUUCCUUGCAACUGUAAAGUGCUAUCUCCAUCAGGACUUCUAAUACAUUGUCAAGAGCGCAAUAUUGAAAGCAUAUCUGAUCUAAAACCUCCUCCACAACAUCCAAGAAAGCUUAUUUUAGCUGGGAAUAUUAUUCACACAGUAGUGAAGUCGGAUCUGGCAGAAUACUUUACUUUGGAAAUGCUCCACUUGGGAAAUAAUCGUAUUGAGGUUCUUGAAGAAGGAUCGUUUAUGAACCUAACAAGAUUACAGAAGCUCUAUCUAAACGGGAACCAUUUGUCCAAAUUAAACAGAGACAUGUUCCUUGGUCUCCAUGACCUUGAGUACUUAUAUCUUGAAUACAAUGCUGUCAAAGAGAUAUUGCCUGGAACUUUUGACCCAAUGCCUAAACUGAAAGUCCUCUAUUUAAAUAACAACUUACUGCAAGUUUUACCACCACAUAUUUUUUCAGGAAUUCCCUUAAUGAGGAUAAAUCUUAAAAACAACCAACUUAACCAUCUACCUGUCAGUAAUAUCUUGGAUGACCUUGAUUUACUUACUCAGAUUGACCUUGAGGACAACCCUUGGGACUGUUCUUGUGAUCUGGUUGGAUUGCAGCAAUGGAUACAAAAAUUAAGUAAGAACACAGUGGCUGAUGAUGUCCUGUGCACUUCUCCAGAGCACCUCGCCAAAAAGGAAUUAAAAUCACUAAAUAGUGAACUUCUUUGUCCGGGUUUGGUCAAUAAUCCAUCGUUGUCAACUCAUACUAAUUAUGUAAUUGUCAGUACUCCUACAACCCCCACUACAGCUGAGAGUAUUUUUAGAUCACUCACCGAUGCUGUACCAUUAUCUGUUUUGAUAUUAGGACUGUUGAUUGUGUUCAUAACUAUAGUAUUUUGUGCUGCAGGGAUAGUGGUUCUUGUUAUCCACCGCAGGCGAAGAUACAGAAAGAAACAAACUGAUGAGCAAAUCAGAGACAACAGUCCUGUGCAUCUCCAAUAUAGCAUGUAUGGACAUAAAACAACUCACCACACCACUGAAAGGCCCACUGCAUCACUCUAUGAGCAACAUAUGGUGAGCCCUUUGGUCCAUGUGUACAGAAGUCCUUCCUUUGGACCAAAACAUUUAGAAGAUGAAGAUGAGAGACAUGAAAAAGAGGGUAUUGACACAAAACAUCUUCAAAGAAGUCUUUUAGAACGGGAAAAUCAAUCACCGCUCACUGGGUCAAAGUUGAAGUACAAAACCACGGACCAAUCAACUGAAUUUUUAUCUUUCCAGGAUGCCAGUUCCUUAUAUAGGAAUAUUUUAGAAAAAGAAAGAGAACUGCAGCAGUUGGGAAUCACAGAAUACCUUCGGAAAAACAUUGCUCAGCUCCAACCAGAUGUGGAGGUACAAUAUCCUGGAGCCCACGAAGAGUUAAAAUUAAUGGAGACGCUAAUGUACACGAGGCCAAGGAAGGUAUUAGUGGAACAAACUAAAAAUGAGUAUUUUGAGCUCAAAGCUAAUUUACACGCUGAGCCUGACUACCUGGAGGUCCUGGAGCAGCAAACAUAAACAAAGUUUAGGGCAGUGGCAGAAAUGCUGUGAUUCUGUCUUAAGUCCAAACCUUGUAAAUAAGUGCCUUAUGUGUGUGUCAUCUGUCCGAAGUUGAGUACAGCAGUAAUCCGAUGGGAAAAGAAAAUGAUGAGGAAGCUCAGGGAUCACUGGGAGAAGCCAUUACAUU